AUGGUGACUCCCAAAAUUUCGCGAGAAACGCAGUCAGCGAGAUCAUUUAUCCAGUCACCCGAACAUUGCCGAAAGGACCUGUUUGAUCAGUUACAAGAGGUAAACUAUAGCUUCUCCUCAUCUCAGAGCACCCAACAACCAUGGUCCAUUCUGGGACUAAGGGUCAUGGUGGCAGGCCGCGUCCGUGGUACCUCGGACCUUGCAUGCUCAAUUCAGGGGCUGUUUCUUCCACAUUCCACCAGCAUCGCCGCAAAUCCACCUGAGAAUCCUUCUUACCACCGACCCAAAACGAGGCGAAUGUCUGUCAAAUCCGGAAUUACGCGCCGUGAUCGAAUGCUUGCUCGUUCCUCACUGACCAAGAAAGCUCUCUGCGUGACUCCGCGGCCUAUAAUCAGCUACGAAGAUAUGCUCCUGGGACCCUUCCAUACGAUCACCUCUCAAUGCCUCCUCCUCCGAAGCCCAAUUUUACGUUGCGAUCUCUUGAAGACUAGGGGCACGAGCAAUUCUUCCCUAGCCACAUUACUCCACCUUUACGAAGUCGUGAACUUUGUAUCUCGCAUGGCGCUACCAUACGGUUCAUUACGCAAGAUCUCUCGAGAUCCGGGUUGUCCUAGGACAAUUCAUCUUCCACAGAUAGGGCCUCAAUGGUACAAGGAUAGGCGACUCUCCCAGGGGAAAGUAAAACACCUAGCAGGGCUCUCCAAAUCAAGACCUAGCCAUGUUAUUGUAGGCACUAAGGACUGG